CGUCCAUCCUCCAUCCUCCCCAUACCCAUGCCCGCGGCUUCAUCACAGCCAUAAUGGCCCAGACGAGAUCCAAAAGGCAGAAGACUGCGCCGCGUAAGCCGCGGGUGCCAGAGAAGGCACUCCCAGUCACUCUCCUCUCGGGCUUCCUGGGCAGCGGCAAGACGACGCUGCUACAGCACAUCCUGCGAAGCGAGCACGGCCUCCGCAUCGCCAUCAUCGUCAACGACAUCGGCGCCAUCAACGUCGACGCAUCGCUGAUCAAGCAGAUCCACCGCCUGACAAAGACGGAAGAGAAAGUCAUCGCCCUGCAGAACGGCUGCAUCUGCUGCACUCUCCGCGGCGACCUCCUCGAGGAGCUGGUGCGCCUCUCCGAGCUGCAGGAGUUCGACUACAUCAUCAUCGAGAGCAGCGGCAUCAGCGAGCCCGAGCAGGUGGCUGAGACAUUCGACCGGCGGCUGGCCGAGCAGAUGGGCGCCCUGGCCGAGGAUUGCGAGGGGCUCGAUGAGGAGAUGCUGAAGGUUCUGAACAAAGUGAAAAAGGCCGGUGGGCUGGACAAGUUCGCCAAAUUGGACACCACCGCCACCGUCAUCGACGCCUUCACUAUCUUCAAUGACUUUGACACGGACGAACUCCUCUCGUCGAGGCGGGACGACGUCACACCCGAGGACGAGCGGACCGUGUCGGACCUUAUGGUGGAUCAGAUCGAGUUCGCCGAUGUCAUUGUGCUCAACAAGAUCGACAUGGUCGAUAAAGACACGAAAUCCCGCAUCAUCGACCUGAUCACCAAGCUCAACCACCGCGCGAAGCUGCUCGAGUCCAGCUACGGCAAGAUCGACGUCAAGGAGAUUGUCAACACGGGCAUGUUCGACAUGGAGCGCGCCCAGACCGGGUACGGCUGGCUGCAGGACCUCCACGCCAUGACUCUCAGGGAGGUCAACGGCCGCAACGUCCUGACCCCGAAGCCCGAGACGGAGGAGUACAACGUGCGCAACUUCGUCUACUCGCGCCGCCGGCCGUUCCACCCCCGCCGACUGUGGGCGCUGCUGUAUGAUAAGUUCAUUCUCCAGCUGGAGACUCCAGAAGACGACGACAACGACGACGAGGACGGGGAGGAUGAAGACGAAGGCAAAACAGACAACGAACAAAAGCCCCAAGGCACAACCGACAUCGACAUCGACAUCGACAUGGCUUCAACCGACGAUAAUAAUAUCCCCUCCUCCCCCUCCUCCUCACGCAGCACCUCCAGUUCCAGCCCCAGCUCCACCACAACAGCAGCCACCGCGCCCUCCUCCUCCACCACCCAUUCCAAUUCAAAAUCCAAUGCCAAUACCAAUUCAAAGGACAGGGAACCACAACUACCACUAGUAGCAGCAGAAACCGACGACGACGACGACCUAACCCCCCCUUCCAACCCGACCAUCCUAGCGACCAAGCGCGCCCACCCUCUCUUCGCCUGCCUGUUCCGCUCCAAGGGCGAGUUCCUGCUCGCGACGCGCCCGCACCGCGCCGGGGAGUGGUCGCAGGCCGGCGCCAUGCUGACGCUGCGCGGCGGGCGGCCCUGGUUCUGCACGCUGCCGGCCGAGCAGUACACGACGGGUGACCCCGAGGUCGACGCGCUCGUGCAGCACGACAUCGCGCAGGGCGGGGAGUGGGGCGAUCGGCGGCAGGAGAUUGUCUUCAUUGGGGAGAAGCUCGACGUGGGAGGGCUGGAGCGGGUGCUGGAUGCGUGUUUGUUGACCGAUGCGGAGAUGAAGCUGUGGGAAGAGGUCAUGCGCGAGGAUAAGGGUGUGGAGGACAAGGUGGAUCGGUUGGCGGAGCUGUUUGAGGAUGGGUUCCCUGACUGGGCUGAGGAGGAGGAUGGGGGCCAUGCCGGGCAUGAUCACGGUCCUGGUGAGCAUGCCGCUGUGCACCGCAUAGGGCACUGA